AAAUUCUCUAAAACGUAGUAAGUAAGAUCCUCGUGAGAAGGCCAAAGGCGUCCGUCGUGUGCAAAAUCCGCAGUUUUUUUUUGCCCUUUUUCACAUUAAUGGAUUGUUUCUGUUAAAGAGCUCCUCUAUUUUCUCUGUGAUUUUCUGGGGUUAGGACAAUUUUCAAUCCAAGGAAGAUAAAAAAAGAUGUAUGCUGAUAAAUUGGAGGCUGAGUCUGGUAGCAGGAAGGUGGUUAAGGAUCGUAUCAAUGGUGGCUCUUCUGGCAACAUCUCUACUCGCCUCCGACAAGUCACUGGCAAAAGGCAAAGGCAGGACGACAAAUGGGAGCAUGAUCUUUUCAGUAGUGACAAACCUCAACUUUCAACUCGCAGAGUUGAUCCUAGAGAUCUUCGUUUGAAGCUCCAAAAGAGACAGCAUGGGUCUCAAAGUGGGCGAGAAGCCGGUUCAGGCGUGCGUGAUUUACGGGAAAAGCUCUCUGGGACAAUGAAUCAACCAAAAAACAUUGACCCGCCAAAAUCUAAAGUGGAGGCUGCUAGACCAAGCAUGAAGAGCGUAGCGACUGAAACAGAGACUAGAAAAACUUCCAAUCAAGCUACCAGGAAGAAAUCACAGCAGGCUGAUGCAUCGGUUGAUAGCUUUCUGGAAUCAUUGGGUCUCGAGAAAUAUUCAACUGCUUUUCAAGUGGAAGAAGUUGAUAUGGAUGCUCUCAUGCAUAUGACAGAUGAUGACCUCAAGGCUAUGCUCAUACCAAUGGGUCCGAGGAAGAAGAUACUUCUUGCUUUGGGAUCUAAACGCUAAGAGCUUAGUGACUUCUACAUGAUGGUUUGAAGCUCAGCUGAAUGGUCUCCUGGAGUUGUUAAAUUAAGAAUUGUCAGAAGUGAUUCCGGAUUUGGCUCUCUUUUUCUUGAUUUUAUUUUGCCCUUUUUAAGAGCUUAGAAUUGUCGGUUAGACAUCUGUAAUCGUAAACAUGGUGAAAGAUACACUGUUUGAUUGCACCACUUUUGAUGACGAAAAUGCCUCAAGAUAAA